AUGCCCUACGGAGCUGAAGGGCCACUCAGAGCAGAUAGUGGCCAAGUGUGUAAAGGCUUGCCUCUUGCUAUUGUGUCAGUUGGAAGUCUCUUGUUUGUGCGCGAGAAGAAUCCAACAGAAUGGAAACGAAUCCAUGACCAGCUAGGUUGGGAGCUGGCGCAUAACCCGGGGCUUGAUGAUGUGAGGAAUACUUUGUAUUUGAGCUUCAUAUACCUUCCUACAUACCUGAAGAGUUGUUUUCUGUACUGUUCCUUGUUUCCGGAGGACUACAUUCUUCACAGGAAGUUACUCAUCAGACUAUGGAUUGCAGAGGGGUUCAUUGAGGAAAGGGGUCAUAGUAGUACAUUGGAAGAAGUGGCAGAAGGCUAUUUGAACGAGCUUGUCCACAGAAAUAUGCUGCAGCCUGCGGAAUGCAACUCAUUUGGCAGAAUAAGAUCCUGCAAAAUGCAUGACAUUGUUCGUGAGUUGGCAAUUGAUUUAUCCCAGAAAGAAAGUUUUGGUCUUGCAUAUGAGUAUGGGAAUCAUGGUAUUCUGGACACAAACACUCGUCGCUUGGUUGUAUCUAAAUGCAGCAAUGAUAUUUUGCCACAUUUACAGCUACCUCGUCUUAGAUCUUGCAUCAUAUUUCAUAAGGCCAUGCCAUCAUCCAGAAUACUUGAUUCUGUAGCAGUUAACUCUAAGUACAUCGUAGUCCUAGAACUAUGUGGCUUGACCAUCGAGGAAGUGCCAAGUGCUGUUGGAGAUCUUUUUAAUCUGCGCGAUUCAAAGGUGAAGAUCCUCCCGAAGUCUAUUGAGAAGCUCUCCAACUUGUUGACAUUGGAUAUUUUCAACAGUGUGAUACAAGAAUUGCCUCAUGGGAUUGUCAAGCUGAAGAACUUGAGGCACUUACUUGUUGAGAGAAUUGUAGAUCGGUCACAUCGAUCUUUUAUAUGUCGCCAUGGUAUGCGCAUCCAGAAGGGUCUAUCAAAAUUGACAAGUUUGCAGACGCUGAAUACAAUUGAAGCACGAGAAGAUUCUAUUAAAGAGCUGGGGGAGCUAAAGCAACUAAGGAGCUUGAGGAUAAGUAACCAGAAGGAAACCCACUGUGCGCUUUUUUGCAGGUCCAUCUUGAAGAUGCAACUCUUGAAUCAAUUACAUAUUACCAUGAGUGACAAGGAUCAAAUUCUUCAGUUGAAUGAGCUGAAAACCCCACCCCUCAACCUUCAGAAACUCAUUCUGAGAGGGAGAUUGGCAGAAGUGACAUUUCAGUCUCCUCUUUUCCAGAAAGGAGGGAAGAAGCUAUGUGGACUAUAUCUUGUUUGGUCGUGUCUGCCAGAAGAUCCCCUCCCAUCCAUCUCGGGAUUGGAUAACCUGACAGAGCUGCAUCUUACAGAAGCAUUCGUCGGGAAAAUAUUAACAUUCAACAAGGGAUGGUUCCCCAAUUUGAAGUCUCUGAAACUGCGUGACUUGCCUUCUCUAAGUAAGCUAAAGAUAAAGAAAGGUGCCAUGGAAAGCCUCCAUAUUUUGCAGCUAGUGAACCUGAGAAAAUUGAAGGGUGUUCCAGCUGGCCUUGAGUUUCUUACAUCCCUCCAAAGUCUUAAGUUUUCUCCAUAUCACUGA